AUGCCAUUCCUUUCAAGUGACGACUCGGGCUCAUCUCAUGACGGCGCACUCCCUCCCUCCUAUCCCCUACCACUAGAGGAUCGAGAGCGCGGACGAAGUACAAUAAAACAGAUCUGCCCUAUACCAAGACCCCGAAGCAACUUCCGCAGUCCUGCCUCGCCCGACAGAUUCAUUCCCCAGCGACGAGGCUCGCCAUCCACCCCGUUCCGGGUGAACAAGCUCCCGCAGCAACUUUCCCCUCAAGAAAAGCUCUUCCGACAGCGUUCUCCCAAUGAGGACCCAUUUCUUCCAACUCCGCCUUCCACGCCCGAACCUGCAAGUCGCCAUUCCACGUAUACCAGGCUUCCCAUCAGGCCACGCCCACGACCUCGUCCAGUUCUAGGCACUGGCUCGAAUGACUUCCUCAGGCGCAUCAGCGCGGGGUCUGUCUGGGGAGUCGGUGGAAAUGCUGCGAUCACAGGCGGUUCGUCUGCGGCCGGUACUAAUGGCCCGCAUGCAGGGGGCAGGAGCAGCAUGGCGCCAAAUUACAUCGCGAGGUUCUUGCCUCGAAGAACGAAGGAGGACGAUGUGAAGAAACAUGAGUCCAGAAUUGCGCUGGCUAUGGAUAUUGAUCCGACAACCAGAUUGCUGGGUACUUGUUCGCCGGGCUUGAGAAAGUCGCCACCUAGCCCUCUGUCUCCUGCUUAUGAGCGUUUUGCGCCAUUCGUGUGGAAGGGCUGUGCUUGGAAGAAGUUAGAAAGAGAGCACUACCGCAGAGAAAUUGUACCUCCCAAGCCUUUCCGAAUUCUAGAUGCCCCGUUCAUGCGUGAUGACUUCUAUUGCUCUACUCUCGCCUACUCGUUCACUUCCGGCAUCCUAGCCGUUGGGCUUGGCCAAUGUGUCUAUCUUUGGUCAGAGGGGUACAUUGUUGAGCGGCCGCCGUUUGGAGAUGUCCACCCCUCUAACUAUGUGACCUCCCUCGCCUUCUCAUCCGAUAAUGGCGGCAGAAGUAUCCUUGCUGUUGGGCGUCAUUCAGGUCAGUUAUCGUUAUGGAGCGUAUCGGAGGACAAGGUCAGAUUCGAAAUUAGCCAUCCUAACAGCAUUUCAUGCGUGGUAUUCAAAUCGAACACGUCGCGAAGACCGUCAGAGGGAUUUUUCAACGUCGAGAUCGAAGCAGAAGAUCUCGUUGUGGGUGACGAGCGGGGGACGGUGUGGUAUUAUUCCGUUGAAUGGCAUCCGGUCCAGAACCAAUGGAGUUGGUCGGGAUGCAUGACGCUACUGGCUAAGAUCCACGCGCAUAGUCAGCAGAUCUGUGGAUUAGCCUGGUCCCCCGAUGAGCAAUUCCUUGCGACAGGCGGCAAUGAUAAUGCGUGCAUGCUCUUUGAGCUACGAAGCAUCCUUGGGAGGCCACCCAGUCAAUCCAGUUCAUCUGCUGCAUCAGAUCUCCCCGGAGUCCCACGAGUUGGUACUUUCCCUUACCUAUCACCAGACAGACAGACCCAACGGCCAGUUAGCAGGCAAGGCAUCGUCAGCAACUUCCUACCGUCGUGGGCCCAGACGCUAUCGGGAAGAGCGGCAACUAUAUCUCCUCUCCUAAACGAAGCAGGCUGUCUCAUCUCAGGGGGCGACAAAACAAUCCUCAUCCCCUUCAACCGCCAAAAGUACCGUUUGGCCCACUCGGCAGCAGUCAAAGCUAUCGCGUUCGCCCCCUGGCAGCCCUCGCUCCUGGCUACAGGCGGAGGCUCCAAUGACCAAUGCAUCCAUUUCUUCCACACCAAAACCGGUAUCUGUCUCGCGACAAUCAAUGUCUUUGCACAGGUGACCAGCUUGAUCUGGAGCCAGUCGCGUCGCGAGAUUGCUGCAACGUUUGGAUACGCGCAGCCAGAGCAUCCAUUCCGAAUUGCCGUGUUCUCUUGGCCCAGCUGUGCACAGGUUGCGGUGAUCCCUUGGGGCCCGCACGGUGUUACCUGGGAUGGCAGUGACCACGGUCUCAAUCUCGAUUGUGGGCGGGCUUUGUGGGCUGUCAGUUACCCGGGACGACCACCGCGACCAUUGAAGGCCUCGCGGAGGGACCCUAGAUUUGGUUACGGGACGCCGCCUUCGCCGACUUCACCUGCCUCCCCGGCUGAUGAAGAGAGAGUACGCGCGCGAAGCAGACUGCCGCGUGUGGUCCGGCCCAAGGAGAAAGAAGGUGGGAUGUGGUGCUCGCGAACUAUGGAAGAGGGGUGUAUUAUCGUGGCGUCAAGCGAUCAGACGGUCAAGUUCCACGAGGUAUGGACUGGGAGGCGAAAGAGCAUUGGUCCUUCGUGCGGAUUGCUCGGAGGAAGUGACAUCCUGGAGUGCAUGGAGGGUAUUGAGAAGUGUGGGAACGAAGUCAUUCCGUCAAUAAAUUGUCGAUCUAUACCCCCACACCAGCCUCACCCGCCUCUUCAGGAUUUCCAGGUUUUGGCCCCUAAAUCGUAUAUUCGACCUUUCUGGGCUCGUCCGUUCGAUCCUGCAUCUGGAGCUUCCCCUUCGAUUCAGUAUCCAGCCUGGCAUCCCAUGAUGCGUCUCUCAAUUCUCCUCCUCAUAGUCGCAUCGACUCUGGCCACCACCGAGUACCUCAACAUCACCACGUUGGCUGCUCGUAACAAUCGCUCCACACUGGAGUGCUGGGCCCUGGAGCCCGGCUUCAAGACCUCGACCGAGUCCGGUACCGCUGGCUCCAAAAGCCUGAACUUGGGCCCCAUUGGCGGCAGUAGCAACUCUACCUACGGCGUGAUCCCGGCCAACUUCAACGGCGGAAGACACAACGCGCCCACCGCACAGUAUGCAUAUGUUGCUGGUGGUAAGAACGGGGCUAUCCUUGCGCUGGACACAGCCGACGUGAGCAAGCUGGGCCAUAUUACCACGUACCCCUCUAGCGAGAACACUGUCAGCUUUGAGAUCCCGCUGGGCGCGGAGGGCGUCCCUGCGCAUCGUGUUCUGUAUCAGGGGCCUUGUAAGGGCGCAGAGCUUUCUUGA